AUGGAUCAAAUUAGUCCUCAAGAUGGUUAUCCUUCAAAUUCAUAUCAAUUCCCAACAGGAAAGUCCCUCGUGGAAACCACAACAUUAAAUCCUUCACCUCAUUUAACCUCCACAACAGAUUUAUCAAACCCUGAUUAUUUACGAUUAGUGCUUACCUCAAGAGUUUAUGAGGUUGUUAAGGAGACACCUUUACAAGUGGCCGUAAAUCUUUCAGCAAAACUUAAUAAUAAAAUCUUGCUAAAAAGAGAAGAUUUACAUGAAGUUUUUUCUUUUAAGAUUAGAGGCGCGUAUAAUAAGAUCGCACAUUUAACUGAGGAGGAAAGACAAAGAGGUGUCAUCGCUUGUUCUGCUGGAAAUCACGCGCAGGGUGUCGCAAUGUCAGCAAGAAAUCUUGGUCUUCCCGCGACUAUCGUAAUGCCACUUGAUCUUAUAUCAUAUAUUACAUUUCAUUUGGAGAAUGUCAGUGCGACUCCAGACAUAAAGUGGCGAAAUGUAAAACGUCUAGGCGCUGAAGUUGUUCUAUAUGGAAAUGAUUUUGAUGAAGCCAAAGAAGAAUGUGUUCGUCUAGCCAAGCUCCAUCAACUCACUAACAUUCCUCCAUACGAUGAUCCAUAUGUUAUAGCUGGUCAAGGAACCAUAGCUAUGGAGAUUCUUCGUCAACAUAAUUUAAACGAAAUUGACGCCAUAUUCGCAUGUGUUGGUGGUGGUGGUUUGAUUGCAGGGAUUGGUAGUUAUGUGAAAAGGUUAUGCCCCAAGAUUAAAAUCAUUGGAGUUGAAACUUAUGAUUCUAAUGCGAUGACUUUGUCGUUGAAGAAGAAAAGUCGAGUUACACUUGAUGAAGUUGGAUUGUUUGCAGAUGGGGCUGCUGUUAGAAUUGUUGGCGAGGAAACUUUUAGGGUGUGUAGUGAAGUUGUAGAUAUGAUGAUUAAUGUUACCAAUGAUGAAAUUUGUGCAGCUAUUAAAGAUAUUUUCGAAGAUACUCGAUCUAUUGUUGAACCAGCUGGUGCUCUCUCUAUAGCUGGCGUUAAAAAAUAUAUUGCUGAAAACAACAUUACAAACGGUUGCUUCGUUAUUGUUACAUCGGGUGCAAAUAUGAAUUUUGAACGUUUGAGAUUUGUCGCUGAACGCGCUAAGUUAGGAGAACAUAGUGAAGCUUUGUUUUCAGUGAUCAUACCUGAACGUCCUGGAAGAUAUUCUGAUCCUGAGAAGGCAUGGAUUUACAUGUCGUUUGAAGUUAACAACCGUGAGAAAGACCUUCCUUCUGUUCUAAAACAACUUGAGGCCAACGGAUUUAGCGUUCAAGAUAUUAGUGAUAAUGAAAUGGCUAAAAGUCACGCGAGGUAUUUAGUCGGUGGAAGAAGUAACGUUGAGAACGAACAAUUAUAUCGGUUUGAAUUUCCUGAGCGACCGGGGGCGUUAAAAAAAUUUCUAACAGGCCUUCGUUCAAACUGGAAUAUUUCUCUAUUUCAUUAUCGUAAUCAUGGUUCAGGUACGUUCAAUUACCAAACGGCCAACGAAACCCCACAAUUAACGCGAUUCAUUAUUGAAAGCACAUCGUCAUCAACAGCAUCAUCUGGUGUUAGUGAUAACGAUAGUGAAACAAGCAUUAAUUUACUUGGUGAUGAAAAUAUUAUUUUUAAUGAUAACUAUUUCACUACUAUUUACGGUGUUGACAAAACAGAUAUAGGGAAAGUAUUGGUUGGAAUUCAAGUACCACCUCAAGAUUCAGAAGUAUUCGAGAAUUUUAAGAAUCAACUUGGAUAUCAUGCUAUUAAUGAGACUGAAAAUCCUGUUUAUAAACAAUUUUUAAGAUACAACAAAGAAGUUUCUAUAUAA